GAGUGUCCUCAGAUCCUGCCAAGGUCCACUCAGAUCUACAUCCCUGUUGGUGUGAUGAAGCUCCAUCACUUUGUUGGCCGGGACCUUCCACAGCCUCAGUCUGGGCAGAGGAACUACGAGUGCAUCUUCUAUAUUCGAGGGAAGGAGUACAGUGUCACUGCGCUAAGCGCUUCAACAGCACCAGCAUACAGUGUCAGGAAGACCAUGUAUGACUAUGAAGGAAAUGACAUCAGCGAUCUGCCGGUGGAUCUCUCAGUUGUGUGGAAUGGAGAUUUUGUCAUUGACAACCCCUACAAUAUCCAAGCGCACCUGUACAAGUGUUACGCCAUGCGGGACAGCUGUGGGAUGUGUUUGAAAGCGGAUCCCCGGUUCGACUGCGGCUGGUGCGUGCAGGAGAAGAAGUGUUCGCUGAGACAGGAGUGUGCUCCUCCAGAGAGCAUCUGGAUGCACCCCAGCGCAGGAAACAGUCGCUGCGCGCACCCCAAAAUCAACAAGCUGUUACCUGAGACUGGACCACGGCAAGGUGGAACCAGACUCACCAUCACCGGAGAGAACCUGGGUCUACAGUUUAGAGACAUUAUGACAGGUGUCUGUCUGGGAAAAGUACCCUGCGUUCCUAUUGAAGAGGAAUAUGUUAGUGCAGAAAGGAUUGUGUGUCUGCUGAACGACGCCACAGGAUACCGCGUACAGGAAGCCCAGGUGGAGGUGUGCGUUAGAGACUGUCUGGCUGACUACAGAGCCCUCUCACCCAGGGCUUUCACCUUUGUGACGCCGUACUUCACACGUGUUCAGCCCGUUCAAGGACCUCUUUCAGGGGGAACCAGAAUCACUAUUGAAGGAAACCAUCUCAACGCUGGCAGCUCUGUUGCAGUCAACAUUGGGCGCCACCCUUGUCACUUUAAAAAGCGGAGCUCUAAAGAGAUUGUGUGCGUUGACCCGGCUGGCGUGAUCGCGGGAAGUACUCCGGUUAUGGUGGACAUUGACUCUGCUGAGCUGAGGAACCCUGAGGUGAAGUUUAACUACACAGAGGACCCCACCAUCCUGAAGAUAGACCCGGACUGGACCAUUGCUAGCGGUGGGACUCUGCUGACGAUCAGCGGCACCAACCUGGCCACCAUUAAAGAGCCCAAGAUCCGCGCCAAGUACGGCUCUGCCGAGUCCUUCCAUAACUGCACAGUUUUCAACAACUCCGUUAUGGUCUGUCUGGCCCCGUCUGUGGCUGAUUCGGACAGAGGCUUUGCUGAGACUGGCAGCGGACCGGAUGAGAUCGGCUUCUACAUGGAUAACGUCCACGCCCUUGUGGUGGUCAACGAGAGCUUCAGCUACUACCCGGACCCCGUCUUUGAACCCCUCAGUCCAACAGGCAUUCUGGAGCUCAAACCAACAUCGCCCCUUAUCCUGAAGGGUCGUAAUUUGAUUCCUGCGGCGGGUAACUCCAGACUUAACUACACAGUGUUUAUUGGAGAGACGGCGUGCGUUCUGACUCUCUCCGAGACCCAGUUGCUAUGCAGGCCCAACCUCACCGGACAGCACAAAGUGACGAUCCGGGCAGGAGGGUUUGAAUAUUCCCCGGGCACGCUGCAGAUCUACUCCGACAGCCUUCUCACCUUGCCUGCCAUCAUCGGGAUCGGAGGAGGUGGAGGCCUCCUGCUGCUGGUCAUCAUCGCGGUGCUCAUCGCCUACAAGCGCAAGUCCCAUGGCGCUGACCGCACACUCAAAAGACUGCAGCUGCAAAUGGAUAACCUGGAGUCCAGAGUCGCUCUCGAGUGCAAAGAAGCUUUCGCUGAACUCCAAACUGACAUCCAUGAACUGACCCAAGAGCUGGAUGGAGCUGGUAUCCCAUUCCUGGAUUAUCGAACCUACGCCAUGAGGGUCCUGUUCCCUGGCAUUGAGGACCACCCAGUGCUCAAGGAGAUGGAGGUUCAAGCUAAUGUCGAGAAGGCCUUGACUCUGUUUGGUCAACUCCUCACCAAGAAGCACUUCCUGCUGACAUUUAUCCGCACGCUGGAAGCUCAGCGCUCCUUCUCCAUGCGUGACCGUGGCAAUGUGGCAUCACUCAUCAUGACAGCUCUACAGGGAGAGAUGGAGUACGCUACAGGAGUCCUUAAACAGCUGCUCUCUGACCUCAUCGACAAGACUGAGAGCAAGAACCACCCUAAACUGCUGCUCAGGAGAACUGAGUCUGUUGCUGAGAAGAUGCUUACGAACUGGUUCACUUUUCUGCUGUACAAGUUCUUAAAAGAGUGUGCAGGUGAGCCUCUCUUCAUGCUGUACUGUGCUAUAAAACAGCAGAUGGAAAAAGGCCCUAUAGACGCCAUCACUGGAGAGGCCCGAUACUCUCUCAGUGAGGACAAACUCAUCCGACAGCAGAUUGACUACAAGACUCUGACUCUUCACUGUGUGAACCCUGAGAACGAGAACGGCCCAGAGGUGACUGUGAAAUGCCUGAACUGUGACACUAUCACCCAGGUGAAGGAGAAGCUUCUGGAUGCUGUGUAUAAAGGAAGCCCAUACUCCCAGAGACCCAAAGCAGGAGAUAUGGACCUGGAGUGGCGGCAGGGGCGACUGGCGAGGAUCAUUCUGCAGGAUGAGGAUGUCACUACUAAGAUUGAUAAUGACUGGAAACGCCUGAACACACUAGCACACUAUCAGGUAACAGAUGGGUCUGUUAUCGCCCUGGUGCCAAAGCAAAACUCUGCAUACAACAUCUCAAACUCAUCUACCUUCACCAAGUCCCUCAGCAGAUACGAUAGUAUGUUGAGGACGGCCAGCAGCCCAGACAGUCUGCGGUCCAGGACGCCCAUGAUCACACCCGAUCUAGAGAGCGGUACCAAACUCUGGCACCUUGUCAAAAACCACGACCAUGCAGACCAACGAGAGGGAGAUCGCGGGAGCAAGAUGGUGUCAGAGAUCUACCUGACACGACUGCUGGCCACCAAGGGUACUUUACAGAAAUUUGUCGAUGAUUUGUUUGAGACGAUAUUCAGCACGGCUCACCGUGGCAGUGCCCUCCCUCUCGCCAUUAAAUACAUGUUUGACUUCCUGGACGAGCAGGCGGACAAACACCAAAUCACAGAUUCAGAUGUUCGACACACCUGGAAGAGCAACUGUUUGCCUUUGAGGUUCUGGGUGAACGUGAUCAAGAACCCUCAGUUUGUGUUCGACAUCCACAAGAACAGCAUCACAGAUGCGUGCCUCUCCGUAGUGGCCCAAACCUUCAUGGACUCCUGCUCCACAUCUGAACACAAGCUCGGCAAAGAUUCCCCUUCUAAUAAGCUGCUCUAUGCUAAAGAUAUUCCCAACUACAAGAACUGGGUAGAAAGGUAUUACUCAGACAUCGCACGCAUGCCUGCCAUCAGUGAUCAGGACAUGAGCGCUUAUCUCGCGGAGCAGUCCAGACUCCACCUGAGCCAGUUUAACAGCAUGAGCGCCCUUCACGAGAUCUACUCCUACAUCACCAAGUACAAAGACGAGAUCCUGUCCGCACUACAGAAGGACGAGUUAGCUCGGCGACAGAGACUGCGCAGUAAACUGGAACAGGUUAUCGACACCAUGGCUCUGACAAGCUGAGGACCUCCUCCCCGUCUCUCCACCCACCUCAGCUGUCUCCCUCUGACCUCCUGACCCCGCCCCCGAGCCUCGCUUACAGGCACACACACACACACACACACACACACGCACGCACGCACAUACACAAACACACACACACUAAGCUAACGGACUGCAAGGACAGAAGCAGUACACUGGAGACCCCUCAGCCCAGGGUGGAAAUCCUCUUUCAUCACUUCCUUUGAACUCAACACGUACCAGAAUGUCUCCCCGGACGCCACGUCCAACCAAUAGGACUUCGUUUUUUGGAUUUUUAUCAUUUUGGAGUGUGUGUUGAGCCAUGCUUGUGUGCUUUUACUCACCAAGGAUGUCUUGUAUUAUGAGCCAGAAGACCUUAAAGCCCAUGAAGGAUAAAAGCGGUGUCUUUUUUUUUUCCCCCACCCGACAUACAGCAUUUUGAUUUAGCGCUUACUUUAACAACUUUUUUUACUCUUCGGGUUGAUCAAACAACUCACUCACUCCAGUCUCCUGCCACUUGUGUUACUGCUGAAUUUGCACAAUUUACAGGAACUACAACAAAUGAAAAUGAUAUAAAUAUAUAUAUAAAUGUGUAUAGAUAUAUAAAUACAACUGCAUUUUUAUACAAAAAGAGUGAAAAGAUGCGUACAAAGUUUUCCAUUUUAACAUAGAAAAGAAUAAGAUGAAUUUGAUAUGUGAAACAAAGACUGAACUAUGAAAAAAAAAAUAUCGAAAAAAAUGUCCUGUGCCAUGUUUUAUUUGAAUGUUGUUUAGUGCAAAAAAAACGAUUUUCUUUAGAUAAAAUGUGCUAUGAUUUAAAUGUUGACUACCCUAGUGACUGAAGAACUGAGAGUGAAAAAAAUGUGCAAAAAAGAACAAACUCAGACAAAUGUGUUCCCAUGUGGUACCUAGUGUUUUUUGAGGAAAUCGUCCUCACGAAAAACAAAAGGUUCAUUGUUUAGUUGGUGGAUGAAUCUGUGUAUUUAGUUUUUGUACACUUUUUUCAACCUUUAUUGCUAUUAUGGUUUUAGUCUGAAAGCCACUUGAGGACAUAUUCUUUGCUAUUCCGUGUGAAAACUCGAUCGAAAAUUAAUAAUUGGCCGUUUUCAUUUUGUGUUCCUUUCUCAUAUUCAGACGCGAGCACUCUAAGCCUCGGUAAUUUUUGCACAAUUCAGUCUAGAAUGAAGGAAAACUUGAGAUUGAAGAACUGACGAAUGUGUUUCGUUACUGAUGAUGUCACAAUGUCGCAUUCUGAGAAGGUUCAGUGGCAUCGCAGUAAAUGUAGCAAAUGUUAAUUCCAUGCAGUUCCACUCACUUUUAGCAGCCUCCGUUUGUUAAAAGCUUACAAAUCAAACCGUUGAGCACAGAACUUGUUUUUAAACUGAUUAAUUGUAUGUGAAUGCCACCCGUUCACGAAAACUGAUAGUUAAGCUGAUUUGAAUUCAUCUCAGAAAAGUGGUACCUAUCGUCACGUCCUUAAACGCCCAUCAUGUCAGCAGUAGAUGCUUUUUAUGGAAUAUGUGUAUUUAUUUUAUGUUUUGUUGUUCAAUUUCGAGCUCAUAAGCUACUUGGUUUCCUUAAUGCCAUUUUUAUUGGAUGUUUUUGUGCUUUUUCUCGAUUUUUUCAACAGCCCACUAACUCGUCUCUAUCAAGAUUGGUGAUUUGCAGUGUUACAAAUACAAAUGUGAAGCGAUUCUCAAACUGUUUCAGGGGUAUCAAGCGGAUGAAGUCGAGCUCUGCUUUACUUUUCUUCGCCAUCUUGGUUGUUUUGGAGUUUCUCUUUAUCUUCUCUCUUGCGAGCGUCGGUAACUCUGCGAGGAUGUGUAUUGCAGUGACUGGCUUUCAUGUGCUGCAGCAGUUCUCUUAAAGUCAGUCGUGUUCAAACAAGAGAGAGCCUCUCCUCCUUUGGCUUUCCACUGAGAUUAAAGCAGAAGUAGACUUUCUGAGAUGCGAUAGAAACGUCUUUGAAAGAUUUAGGUCAGAACCCCAAUGAGAGAAAGAGCGAGGCGCACCAACCGAACGUUUGACAGGAUCUCGCUCGCGUUACCUCAGCCAUACAUCAGGGUUCGUUCCAGCUGGGAAAGUAAUAAUGAAUCACUCUUUACACAUUUAUUUAUUUUGGGAUUACGGUUUACGUUAUUGAUUUCAUGCCAUUGCGAUUUCUCCUAAUCAACCCGGAGCAGGCCUCCACAACUCUCUACGACGUAUCUUCCACGAACAAGACAAUCUCCUUGUAGACUCGAGAUGUUCACCUGUUAGGAGCGGUCUUUGUUUUCAGUCUUUUCACAGGUGUUUACGAAUUCGAAAGCGAAUUAGAACGGUGUUGGAUUUGCUCGCUUGUUUGUGUUUAGCUCUCAUGAACUCUUAGCUAUCAUUUCUGGCAAUCUUAGAGCUACGUGGAAGGAAGCAUAAAUGAAGUAGAUAGAUCGAUAGAUAGACUUCCUAACAUACAGGACACAACUGCCGGACGUAUAUGUCUUAAAUUUAAGAGUAGAAGGAAAAGGCUAGACGUUUAGCAUUGCAGGUGACUUAGACCCUUCCGUCUGGCUUUCCUUAAGUUAGUAUGUUCCAUUCAUUUUCAGUAGAUGAGUUUCUGCAUGCUUCGACAUUACAAAAUAAUUUGAGAAUACAAGCAUGCUGUUCUACUUUCAUUCCAAAGGCUGAUGAUGAUCAUUCUACAUAUCAUAAUGUACGGUCUAACAAUGUUUUUUUUUUUUUAUCAUUGUUUUCCGGAUGGAAAAAUCUCAAUGUGCUUUGCUUUGUGCUACGUAAGCGGGACUUUGGUGAUGGUGAUUGUAAAGCAGCUGGUUGCAUUGUAAUGUCUCAGGACGUGUUUCACUUUGAUGUCGUCUUUGCCUUUCUUUCAUGCGAUUUAUUUUUUAUGACGAGUGCUAUCUUUGAUUUUCAAUGGUUUUUAGAUGUUGAGUUGUGGAACAUGUGGAACUCUUCAGAGAUAUUCUAACAUUUCAAAGACUUCGCUGUGUAAAGUAUUUGAGUGAUGCCUCUCAUUUUACGACACUUGUUUUGAGAACUACUUUGAGUACAGGAACAAACAAACAAAAAAACGAAGGAAAACAAGCCGAACAUAAGGUGUUUCAGACUCACAGAGCUUUCGUUUCGCACAGAGUGCCUUGUCAACUCUCUCUCUCUCUCAUUUCUCUCGACCUCCUCCGACCCUUCCAUUUCCCACAAUCCAUUUCUUUCCAUACGCCUCUUUAUCUUUGUCUGGCCACGCCCUCUUUCUUACACUCCUCCUCAGUCCAAAAGACCAAUCCGGGUUUUGAUUUCUGCUCAUGGUGUUUCCAGAUUGAAGAAAAAAUCCUUUUUGGAAGGAUGAAUUAACUUAAGCGUAGGAACAAAAAUGUGAGCAUGUAGAUUUCAAAGAAAACGAAAACUAAAGAAUUUUAAUACUUUAUUAAUUCUGAUACCUUUUGAAGAGUUUCAGACUUGAAUCAACUGUGACAGGUUGGCUGUUAAAUGCUCAUUGUGUAAAUAUUGUGCUCUUUCCUAUUUUGCAAAUUUAUUAUGUGUAAAUAUACACAUGCAUCAAGGAGAGAUUAAACAUUUUUCGCUAAAA